UGUAUGCCUUACAGAAGCUAUGAAAAGGGAUAUAAUUCACUACAGCAAUUUGCAAGGAAGUGCUGUUUUCGAAAAUUUUCAAGCUAUAGAUGCUACUGAGUUCGAUGCUUACCUGGGACUUCUUAUACUUAUUGGAGUCUACCGGUCAUACGGUGAAAGUCUUAACUCCCUGUGGGACGAGUUUCAUGGACGUCCGUUUUUGAGAGCAAUCAUGUCUUUGGAGCGAUUUAGCAAUAUUUCUCGUGUACUAGCAUUUGACGAUAGGCAAAGAAGAAGAUCAGAACAAAGAGGAGAUAAACUUACUCCUAUUCGCACAUUUUAUGAGCAAUGGACUCAAAACUUGCAGCUGCUUUACGUUCCAAGUGCUAACAUAACGAUUGACGAACAGCUUAUUCCGUUCCGAGGUAGAUGUCCUUUCAAAGUAUACAUUCCAAGUAAACCUGGGAAAUAUGGCAUGAAAGCGUGGAUAGCAGCGGAUUCUGACACCGCAUUUUGCUUACAGUUCCAAAUAUACUUGGGCAAAGUAGGAGACAAUGCUGAAAGGAAUCAAGGCGAACGGGUUGUUCUAGACUUAGUGUCUUCAUACCGUGGACGAAAUGUGACUACCGAUAAUGUUUUUACGAGUCAUAACCUUGCAUUAGAACUGCCAAAGCAGAACAUUAUUAUUGUUGGCACAGAAAGGAACAACAAACGUUUUCUGCCGGUUCAUGCAACAUCACAAGAAUUGCGUAAGCUUCCAUUACGCUCAACACCCUUCACCAUAAUACAGGGUGGCUGA